AUGGACUUCUCCACAACAGCAGCAGUAGGAGUAGAUAUAGGAACUGGUUCAAUUAGAGUGUAUUAUAAUGAAACCCUCACCUCGUUGCCAAUUACCACUGAAAAUGAUAAAUACAUCACCCAAUCAUCAUUUGAAAUAUAUUCAAAACUAAUCCUGUUAUUAAGUAGCCCCCCAUUGGAUUGGAAUUUCGGGUCUAUAAGCAUAACAGCAACAUGUUCAAUGGUGGUAUUAUCCAAGAUAAUAAUUAAUGGGGAAACGUAUUUAACACCAUUUAGUUUGAGCAAAUCUCAUCCUAAUAGCGAUGUUUUGUUAUGGAUGGAUAAUUCUGCCACUUUGCAAUGUAAUCAAUUGAAUGGGUAUUUAACAGUGGCUAACAAAGAUAUACUAAAUCUUUUGGGAGGCAAAUUUGUUCCAGAAUUAGGAUUGCCCAAAUUGAAAAUGAUAAAUGACAACUUUGUUGAGGAAAAUACUAGAGAUGGAGAUGGUAAUUCCGAUUUGGUGUGUUUUGAAUUAUAUGAUUGGAUAAGUUAUUUGUUAAAAGUAGGAGGAUUUAAAAACAUUAAUGCACAUUUUAAUGGUGAUGAUUAUAGCGAUGAAAAAUUGAUAAUACCUUAUAUUCCUUCAAGACCGUUUGAUUCGGGAUAUGCCAUUGAUGGGUCCAUUAAAGGGUGGCCAUAUCAAUUUCUACAAGAGAUGGGUAUAACUGUUGAAGUUGGGAGAAGUGAAAGUGGUAUUGGGAAUAGACUAUUGCCAAUUGGUACCCCUAUUGGUAAAGUUGACAAAUCAGAUAUAAUUAUAGGUCAUGGUUGUAUCGAUUGUUACAGUGGAUUUAUGAAUAUGUAUCGGCUGUUACCAUCAGAUAAGGGUUCUACGUUUUCAACAGUUUCGAUGAUUGCUGGAACUUCCACAUGUUUUAUAUACUCUACUGAGACACUAAUGGAAGACACUAAUAGAAAUUGGGCUGCGGCCCCAAGUUAUAUUCCAACUGUUUGGGGACCCGUAGAAAUUGGUAAAUCAGGACUUUAUUUAUAUGAAUUCGGCCAACCAGCUACAGGCAAGUUAUUCGAAGAGUUUUUAACAAUUGGAUUUGUUCAAUUGGAGCAAGAGACUAAAAAUUUGGAAUUGAAACAUCAUAAACCAAUCCAUGAGUUGAUUAAAGGUUAUUUUUACUAUGGUGAUGUUUAUGGGAAUAGAAAUCCAUAUAGUGACCCUAAAAUGUCGCAAAUGAUCAUAGACAAUAAUAACGACAUAUUACCUAAUGUUAUUACAACAAAUAAUCAAAAUGGAGAAUCUGCAAAUGUACUACCACAAGUAAUAAAGUACAUUCUAAUACUUGAAUUUCUUGUGUUCCAAACAAAACAAUUGUUGGAACCCUUGUCGGAUGUUUCUCAAAUUAUCAUAAAUGGGUCGCAAAGUAAGAAUACCAGGUUUUUGAAAUUAUUAUCUACAGUUACAGGAUUACCAAUUGUAAUUGCUAAGAAUGCGGUUGCUCGAGGUGCUCAUUUGAUGGCACUAAUUGGCAAGCUAUGUUCACUCGGUUGGAAUUACGAUGAUGCGUUUGAUCAAGUAAUCCAAAGUAAUAAUGAUGAAUGUGUUGGCAAUAAUGAUAUUGUUGAUGUCAGGGAGGAUUAUUACCAGCUAUUAAUGACAAAGUAUGAAAUAUUUAAAGACAUGGCAAGCGCUCAACAAAGAUAUCGUAAACUUAUGGGUGAUAUCUAA